GCCCACCCCCCUGCCCGUCCCGAGUGGUGCGGCCCCGCGCCGGCGGAGCCAACCACAGCUGAGCGGGGGGGAGCGCGGCCGGCGGAGCUACAGGAAUGUGCACAGAUUGAUUGGUUUCCACCAUGUUCUCAAAGUGCUCACGGGAACUGUUAAAGGUUGCAAAUCUUCAUCUCCAGAGUCUGAAUUUGAAUCCGCUUUUAAGAAAUCACAGGAGAGCUUUCAGCAAGUCACUGCCCGCGUGUCGAAGGAAAGUAGUUGUUACGGGUAUUGGCUUGGUGUCUCCUCUGGGUGUGGGGACCCAGCUUGUGUGGAAGCGCCUUCUCCAAGGAGACAGUGGGAUUGCAUCACUAGAUGGGGAAGAAUAUGCGGGCGUUCCAUGCAGAGUGGCUGCCUGUGUGCCACGGGGAGAUGAGGAGGGCCAUUUCAAAGAAGAGAGCUUUGUUUCAAAGUCAGAGAUCAAGUCCAUGAGUUCUGCUACUGUCAUGGCCAUCGGUGCAGCAGAGCUGGCAAUGAAGGACUCUGGCUGGUCUCCACAGUCUGAAGAGGAUCGUUUAAGAGCUGGUGUGGCAAUUGGAAUGGGAAUGGUUCCACUGGAAGAGAUUUCUGAUACAGCUGCUUUAUUUAAAACAAAGGGUUAUAACAAGGUCAGCCCAUUCUUUGUCCCAAAGAUUUUAGUCAAUAUGGCAGCAGGUCAGAUCAGCAUUAAAUACCAACUGAAGGGGCCAAAUCACGCCGUGUCAACUGCUUGUACCACUGGCGCGCAUGCUAUCGGAGACUCCUUUCGAUUCAUUGCCUUGGGUGAUGCUGAUGUCAUGUUGGCUGGAGGGACUGAGGCUUGCAUUAGUCCUUUGUCCUUGGCUGGAUUUGCAAGAGCUCGAGCCCUAAGCACUGGUUUUAAUGCAAGCCCUAAAAUGGCAUGUCGGCCAUUUGAUUCACAGAGAGAAGGGUUUGUAAUGGGAGAGGGUGCUGCAGUGCUGGUCUUGGAAGAGUACGGACAUGCUGUGCAGAGAGGUGCUAGGAUCUAUGCAGAAGUUUUAGGUUAUGGACUGUCAGGCGAUGCUUGCCACAUAACAGCACCUAAUCCGGAGGGAGAUGGUGCAUUCAGAUGCAUGUCUGCAGCAAUAAGAGAUUCUGGAAUCAAGCCUGAAGAUGUAACAUAUGUCAAUGCACAUGCAACUUCUACUCCUUUAGGAGAUGCUGCUGAGAAUCAAGCAAUCAAGAAACUUUUUAAAAAUCACUCACGUAAUCUUGCAGUCUCCUCGACAAAAGGAGCAACAGGACAUCUUUUGGGAGCUGCAGGAGCUAUUGAAGCAGCUUUUACUGCGCUGUCCUGUUACCAUGCAAUUUUACCACCUACUUUAAACUUAGAAAAAACAGAGCCGGAGUUUGAUCUCAAUUAUGUUCCAUUAACAGCUCAGGAAUGGAGAACUGGAAAGCGACGUAUUGCACUUACAAAUUCAUUUGGCUUUGGUGGUACUAAUGCAACUUUGUGCUUUGCAAGUGUUUGACUUGUGCUGUGCAUGUUGUGAAAAGUGGCACUCAAUGAUUUUCUGUACUGCCAUCUUUGUUGUAUACUAUAAUCUUUUCUCAGCAUUGAGAUUUGAUACAUAACUUUAUUUACUCCAACAUUUAUAUCAGUAAUUCUUUUAAAAAGAGAGAAUUUCUUUUUCUCGUUUUAAUAAAAAAAUAAAGACCUACUCUUCAUGUGGUAAAUAAGUUUCUAUUUUUGCUCAAAAAGGAGACUUGUAGCAAGUAAUCUGAGUAGCAUUGUUUUGUGAGAAGAGGAUAAAAAUGAUAAAUUCUGUAUUUCAGUGUAAUGAUACAUUUAUGAUCACUGUGUCUUCAUUGGUCUCCAUCAUUUUUGAGGCCAAAUGAUUAUCCUCUUGUGAACUCUGACUUGCUUAUUGACUGAAAGACAGUUUUUUUCUUCAUGUUUUCUCCUUCUGUUUAAUCUAAAUUUGUUUCCUAUGAUGUUCUUUCCAGUAUUCAGGAUGGAAUGCCAUCUGGCUGUGCAUAUGGACAUUAGUUCUAUGUAGUGAAAGGAAAAAAAUGGACAUUCAUGCUUUUGCUAGGUUCUUAUAUCUUGUCUUGUCUUAGCUUGUCCAAUGUGAGCAUAAAUUAUAAAUUGAUAUAAUGGAUUAGGUAGUGCUCUUUUUUGCCAUUGUGUCUAUAACGCUGCUCGCUGUGCACUGGAACACUGUGUUAGGCACUGGAGUGGAAGAUACUGCCUCUCAAGAACAUGGAUUUCUGCUAAUCAGCAGCAUUCUGCUUUUAGUUUUGGCACGAGUUCUGAUGUUGGUAUGAUCUCCAAAUGCCUUCCAGGCAAAAGAUAAUCUGAGUAUUGGUGUAGGUUGAUGGGAUUUUCGUCUGUUUUGGCUGACAAAAAGCCUUACCCAGCACCCACUGCAUUUCCACUAUAAUUCAACUCUAGUAUGCCAGCAUCUCAUCUAAAGCCUAAGAGCUUAAUUCUUGUCUUCUAACUUUAUUUUAAUUUUCUGUUGCAAUUCCAAGUGGGCUUUUUUUUUAUUAAUCUGAUUGUUUGAUUUUGAAUAAAUUAAUUGUGAAUGCAGAAGUGCAGUCAUGCCAGUUGUCCUUGAAGAUGAGAUGUUUCAGUCUUCCAGCUUCCUACUUAGUUUCCCAGUGGCUGAGAAUAU